AUGUCCAUGGAAGUAGACGCUCCGGUGCCUCUCGCAGCGCGACCCUCGACGCAAGCAACAAUCCUCUGCUACAACUGCGGUGCAGCGAUCGAUGGCACACAGGCAGCUGGCGCGUUAUGUAGUGACUGUUUGAAACUCACGGUCGACAUCACACAAGGCAUCGAACGAGAAGGUAUACUGCUCAUGUGCAGGGAUUGCGACAGAUGGCUGUCACCACCCGCACAAUGGAUCCAAGCCACACUCGAGUCACGAGAACUGCUCGCAUUAUGUCUACGGAAGCUUCGCGGCUUGAACAAGAGCAGAAUAGUCGACGCCUCAUUUAUCUGGACCGAACCACAUUCGAGGCGAAUCAAGAUGAAGAUCAGCGUGCAGCAGGAAGCUUUCCAGGGCACAAUAUUACAGCAAACCUUUGACGUCGAGUUUGUGCAGCAGUAUAAGCAGUGCCCAGACUGUGCGAAAUCAUACACCCACAACACAUGGCGAUCGUGCGUACAAGUCCGACAGAAAGUGCCACAUAAAAGGACCUUCCUGUACCUGGAGCAACUCAUCCUGAAACAAGGCGCACAUAAGGAGGCGAUCAACAUCAAGGAAGUGCACAACGGCAUCGACUUCUUCUUCUCAGCCCGGAAUUCGGCAGAGAAGUUCCUCGACUUCUUAUCUUCUGUUGCGCCUGUCCGGUCGAAGAAGAGUCAGGAACUCAUCUCGACGGAUAUCCACACCUCCACAUCCUCCUACAAAUUCACAUUCUCGACUGAGCUGGUGCCGAUCUGUAAGGACGAUCUCGUGGCUCUGCCGAUCAAGAUCGCGCGACAAAUCGGCAACAUCUCUCCUUUAGUGCUCUGCUAUCGCAUCGGCACUGCUGUCAACUUUCUAGACCCGAAUACCCUACAGACCGCGGAUCUCAGCGCGCCAAUAUACUGGCGAGCACCAUUCGCACCUCUAGCUGACGUGCGCGAAUUGACCGAGUUCAUUGUCAUGGACAUCGAACCAGUAGGUCCACCCAAAGGCCGUUUCCUGCUCGCCGAAGCAACAGUAGCACGAGCGUCAGAUCUUGGAGUGAACGAUAUCACGUAUCUCGUCCGUACACACUUGGGCAGUGUCCUUCAUGCUGGCGACAGCGUAAUGGGAUACCACUUGACUGGAACCCAGUUCAACAGCGACGAGUUCGACAAGAUACAGGAAAGCAAACAGUACUCUGGUACUAUUCCAGACGUCAUCCUUGUGAAGAAACACUACGCCUCUCGCAAGAGGAACAAGAACAGGAACUGGAAUCUGAAACGCAUGGCGAGGGAGGAGAGUGAGAUGAAGCCUCGGAAACAGGAUCAGGAUCGGGAUGAGGUGGAUUACGAGCAGUUCUUACAGGAUCUCGAGGCGGAUCCGGAACUAAGGGAGGGAUUGAAGUUGUAUAGGAAUAAGGGGGCUGUACAGCCGCCGGCUUUGGCAGAUGGGGAGAUGAGUGUGGAGGGUGAGGAGGAUGAAGGGUUGGAGAUUCCAAUGGAGCAACUUAUUGAUGAUAUGGAGGAUAUGGGGAUGGAGGAUGAAGACGAUCUAGAAGAUGGGGAGGAGGUCUGA